AUGCCCAGUGUCCAACAGUUUGCAGCACGUAUCCGACGAGAUGAUAUUGCCUCAUCGCACUCUGCCAUCCUCUCCCGCCCCGCCAUUAUAGGCAUCGCCCUCGGUGGGAGCUUUGUUCUCUUCCUAGCGCUAUCGCAUCUGUUUAUAGUGCUGGGCCGUCGUCGCGACCGCCAGAGACUUGCUUUGCUCCAGGCCCAUGCCCACGCCGUACAAUCGCCCGUGGCUCUGGGCCAGCUGAAUCAUGCCUCGUCGUCACCUUUUUUCGAUCCAUACGACUCGGACAUGCCGUUGGGAGGCAAGAAUCGGCUCCGGAAGAAGACGCUCCUGUUCAACGGAUACUCAACUGCCGGAUCCGAUGGAGAAAUGACGGAUCGCACCGCGGGGUGGGCAAGUCAUCAGAGUGUGACCCUUCCUGUGCUGCCGCCCAUAUUCUCGAGACAGCAGAGUUAUGACUUGAAUUCGUUUCUCAACAGCGGUCCGGGGACAUCCAAUGAUGGUUGCAGUUCGACGCGAGGGAGGGAUGACGAUUUUGAGAGAGAGGAGAACCAGCGCAUGGAGAAGCAGAGGGGACGCGACAUGUAUCAGAUGAGACGUAGGGGCUCGUGGAUCGACGAGGACGCGCUCCAUGGACCAAAGGUGAGCCCGCAGAAGAAGAAGAGGAAAAUAAAGGAGGAAACUGGAAACAGUGCGAGCAAAGGCGGGAAGAGGGGGAUAUCAUGGUUGCUGGCCGGUAGCCUAACGCGGAAACUGAGCUUGAAGAGACCGUUGAGCGAUUCGGUCAUCUUUGGUAGUCCAACACUGCCGCACAUGGAGCACUCGGCAGAAGGAGGGCUUGGAGCCGCUGCAGAGGACCGCGGGCGAUCGCAACAAAGGAGACCCAUGUCCCUGUCUCAUGAUGGUGGUGCUACGACACCCCCAGUAUUCAACUCUCAGGACAGCCCCUUGAAGCCUGGCCAACACAAUACGGUGCGCAUUGCUAUUCCAAGUGCCGUCUCUGCUCCCAUACUCCCCGUGCCCAGGCCUCCGUCCGCCAUGAUCAAUAACCCGAGACACCGCAACAGCAUCGGGCUGGAUGCGGCGCAGUUACUCGUGAGUAACGCCAGGACUUUGAAUACGCAGCAACGCCCAUCAGUACCAAAGCACAGCGCCACCGACAGCGAAUUGAGCGAAAUUCUCCGGAUGACCACGGAAAGAUUACAGGAUGGAAAGAGAAGCUCGCGGAGGCAGACAAUGCUGAUUCGGUCGCGGACCGGCGACUUGGACCCGUCUUGUUAUGAGCACUCCACCGUCAUGAACUUGGUAGUCGACAGCAGAGCAUCCAGUCCUACUAAAAGUCAGAAGAGCGCCCCAGCCGUCAUAAUGUGCGCAGAGCUGGAAGCAAAUGAAAUUUCGCCGACCAAGCCCCAGAACCCGCCGGAACUAGGAUCGUCAACGCCCAGCCGACAACCUCAUCACCACCAUCAGCACAGCCGUCAGGUCUCUCACAUGUCACUGGCCUCCGAGGCCGACAGCAUGGUCACCAUGCGGGCCACGUCACAACCCGAGCACACGACGGCGCUGUCGAGCCCGAGCCGCAACGUCAAGAUUGCUGAGCCCAUACCACGACGCGAGGAUACUCCACUACAUCAGCAGCCGACACGCCCUUACUCUGUUGCCAGCUCACACUCGUCGGCACUCUCUACACUGUACAGCGAGGAUGAGGGGGUGGCGGGCCAUCGGGAAACCGGUUUGGCCCCAGGUGUUUUUCCCCUUGAAGCUGGGGAGAGCCCCCGACUUGGACCGUAUAAUGCCAAGAGGGGCACUAUGGGCCAAAUGACCUUUUUACCCCCGAGGCCGCUACCCGAUCCAAAGGAUGCCCAAGGACAAAGCAGCGCGAGCGAUUGUCUAGUCAAGGCAUGGCUGCCGCGCGAGACGUCUCUUCAUUUCACCAUUUAUGCCAUGGACGAGGAACCCGACGACCCGUUCAUCACGGCCAAGACACCUCCUGGUCAGGACCCGGUGCGACUCUCCCAAGUCUUUACUCCGAUUCCUUCCUCUAGCUUUGAAGAGUUUGACAGUGGUGGCGACGAGGGCACCGACACUUCAUUCAAGGGAUGGUCGACCGUUCUUACACAUCCAAUGGUGCGGGUGACGCCCACACCGUCGCCCAAGGGCAACCGCAUACGGCCAGCCAUUGUUCUCCCACCACCACAGCAGGAGCUACGCCCCAUGACGAGCUCGCCCACGCUUGGCGCCCGGCCGCGUCGGCCGAGCCCGGUACUGUCCGAGGGGGGCCUCUCAUCUGUUUACGAGAGCUAUGCCUCUAGCGAGGGAGGCGUGACGUUGAAUUACAGCAGCACGGCGACGCUGACGACGGUGCCGACAAAUGAGAGCGCAAAUUCAAAGGGGGAAGCAAAAGACCCCCGCGAGUCUAUUCCGGGCCUGGUAGACAGAUGUACCGCUACCAGCACGACCAGGGCCAAGUCCCGGCCGCACGUCGAGCGCCUUGUCUCGGUGGACUCUGUAUACUCACAGGACCAAGAACAUGAAGGCAAGAGCCGACAACAGGGCCUAGGUCUGGGUCUGGGUCUAGGCCUGCUGGGCUUACCACAACAACAAGACGGAUCCCGAGACGACUACCACGACGAGGACGAUGUCGUGCCGCCACUAAUCACAGCCGCUCCCAAUCUAAACCCCCAGCGCACCUCGCACGUCCUGGCCCACACGGUCGCCGAGCUCCGACGCAUGAACAGCAGCGUGAGCGCCGCGAGCGGCGCCAGUAGCGUGGCCACCACCACCACGACGGCCGACGACGAAGGGGGUAGAUCCAGCCCGACGUUGCCAGCCAUGCGCGGUGGCGGCUUCAGCCCCGGCAAGAAAACUGGUGGCACGCGCAAUUACCUGGCCGUGGGAAGUCCGAGACGGGGAGCCCAGCAGCAGCAGCAGCGGCGGCCGACGAGCUUGGUUGGUGCUGUUUCUGCUGGGGAGGUUAUGGCGGUAGAGGCCCCACGGGGCUUGGGUCUGAUGCGGUCGGGUGCUCGGUCGCGGAGGGGGACCAUGCUGAGCGGUGGUAAUAUGGGUGACUUUGCCGGGGCGGCCGGCAGGUCGCUAGAGUCGAGACGGACGGGCAAUGUGCUUCGUGAGGUGAGCGGAGGGAAUCUCGGGAAACCCGAAGGUGCGAAAAUGGACCAGGAGAAACAGCUGGGACGGCUCCAGGUUGCGUUAGCAGAGGUUGCGGGAACGAGUUCCGAGAGCCUUGGUUUGUAUGAUGAGAAGGGAUUUUUAAAGAGCUCACCUAUGGGUAGAGGUUAG